GAAACACCAGGCAAAGCCAGUGCCUCCCUGCCCGCCCCACUUUCUGGCUUCCCCAAGCUCUUGGCCAUGGCUGUCAAAAGCUCCUCGCUGGCGUGGUCCUUCCUGGCCGUGGUCUUCAUGAUUGCAGGGGCCGCUGCCGUCCAGAGCGCCUGCGGACAUCACUACCGCUACCGCAAGCCACGAGCCGACACCUACGAGUGGCAGGGCUACUUUGUGGCCCUGACCAUCCUCCUGGGCAGCGGCUGCGGCCUGGCCUGGUGCAUCCUCAUUGUCACCUACAACAUGGGCCAAAGGGGAGGCCAGGAGUUGCCACAGAUCCCCUCUGCAGGUGAAGAGAUGCCCGCAGCCAUGGGCCACCAAGACAAACUGACACUGAGCCCAGGGAUGAACCGUGAAAGGUCCGUCAGCUUUGCGACCCUGCCUGGGCUGAAGAGCCAAGUCACAAAAGAGGAGGACCAGCCUUGGCUGAAGCGACAAGUCUCAAAUGAGGAGGUUCGGACGAAGUCCCAGUUGGACACAAGCAUAGGAAGUCGGACGCCGUCCCAACUGAACUUAAACCAGGGGGUUCGGGCCCCAUCCCAGAUGAACGCAAGCGAGGCAGUUAGCAGCCCGUCACAGAUGAACACAAAUGAGGGGGUACGGACCCUGUUCCAGAUGAACGAGGCAAAUAGGGUUCCAGCCCAGAUGAACAUGAAUGAGGGGAUGAGGGCCCAAUCCCAGGUGGAUGAAAUGAUUGGGAACCCCUCCCAGAUGAACACAAACGGGGCAAUUUGGACCUCCUCCCAGAGGAACAUGAACGAGGUGAACAGGGCCCCCUCCCAGAUGAACACGAAUGAGGCAAUUUGGACCGCAUCCCAGAUGAACACGAACAAGGUGAUUUGGACUUCCUCCCAGAUGAAAGCAAAUGAAGCAGUUUGGACCCCCUCCCAGAGGAACAUGAACGAGUUGAAAAGGACCCCAUCCCAGGUGAACAUGAAGGAAGCAAUUUGGACCCCCUCUCAGAACGAGGUGACUAGGACCCCAACCCAGAAUAACAUAAACAAGCUAAAAAGGGCCCCAACGCAGCUGAACAUAAAUGAAACGGUUGGGACCCCAUCCCUUCCACCUCAGCAGGAAGGCCAGUCCUCCAGGCCCGAAGAGCAAGGCGGUGGCACUCUGUGGAACUUCAUGGAGCAGGAGCUGGAAAGGCUUCUGAGCGCCCUACGCCUCCACCGGACCCCCACGCCAACCCCCGCGGCGGAGGAGACGCCUGCCCCUUUGGCCAACGAUACUCCGAGUGCCCCAGCUGAGGAGGCUCCGAAACCCCGGGCUGAGGAGGUGCUGGGCCUCGACCAGACUGAGGACAAGGAGACCUUGAUGCACCUCAUCAUCUGUGAAGUCCCCCAAGACAGAGGAGCCACCAGGGGUCGGGGGCGCAAGAGAAAAGCAAGCAGAGGACGCAAAUAAAGUGCAGAGAAUGAGAGAGGGUGGUAGAUCGGUGUGUCUGUUGUGAGACAGGAGGAGUCAUUGGCAGAAACGGCUUCCUUCGCCGCCACCCUCCUGCAUAUAUCCCCAGGAGAUUCCUUGAUUUUAAAGCAGUUCUUCAUCCCAGGAGCUCCGAAGGGCCUACAUGACCCUCAUAGAAUUGCAGAGUUGAAAGAGACCCCCCAAAGGGUCCUCUAUUCCAACCCCCUGCAAUGCAGGAAUAGGAGGAGCCACCCUGUUAAUCUCAAAGCAACCCUGGGAAGUAGGCUAGGCUGCCCCAAGUAUACCCAGUGAGCUUUGUGACUGAGCAGAGUUUUGAACGCAGGACUCCCUCUUCUAAGUCCAACAGGCCGAACUUCCCCCAAACCUGGUGCCGUGGGUGUAGCCAGGAUUUAUUUUAGGGGAGGAACAGGCUUUAUGGGGGGUGGGGAAGUAGAACUGAGCUAUCUGUGAUGCAAUUGGUCAGUUAGUUGAGUAUUUUUAUUUAUUACUUGAUUUAGUGGGGGGCAGCGGUCCCACUGCUAUGCCCAUGCCUGGUGCCCUCCAGAUGUUUUGGACUACAACUCCCAGCAAGUCCCAGGCAGCACAGCUGUAUGAUGCUAGGAUUGGAGGGAGCUUGUACUGUAGUCCAAAACCUUAGGCCUGUUGCUCUCAGGCUAACCCGGCUGUCAGGAGCCAGAAUCCAAAACAGUGCAGGCCUAGUGCUCCUACCAACUCUUCCCAGCAGGCAAAUUGUCCCAUGAACUAAAAGUUAUCUAAAGGGCAGAGCUCAAAUGACCUUUUUCCACACAUGAUUUCAUAUCUUAUACAAAUACCAAGGGAAAUGGUUUCUCAGCGCCACCAGUUUUUGCCAAUGUCUGGUUCAUUUAAGCUCAUAUAGAACCUUUAUUCUCUAUCA